ACUUGUGAAGGAAAAAUGCUUUCAAUUACUUAUGCUUAUGCAAUUAUUAUUUUGCCUCUUUGCUUUGCAGGUGACCUCAUUGAGUGUAUUCCUCCAGAUGGACAGGCUAGCUGUGUUUGUCAGACUGAAGACGGGAUCAUAGACCUGACAACCAUAGCUCUACACAAUCAAAAGCCUAAAUUUAAGCAGUCUUAUGAUGCCCACUCCUAUGAUUACAAUCCUUGCUACGGUUUUGGUGUUGGUAGUGAUAACUGUGCAAGUGGCGUUACUGCAAUUUGUCAGGAUCAACAUGUUGUUGUUGGUUUGAUUACUUCAGAAAGAAUGUAUCAUGACGGUAAAGGAAAUUAUGAAUUGCACUAUAGUAAAGGAGAUGAUGAGAGACAUGCUGUCGUGUACUUGGACUGUGAUGAAACAGAUAAUCAGCCAAGAAUAAGCACCACUGGUGAUAAAGCUGAGACAUUUGCAUAUGUCUUUCACCUCUAUACCAAUCAGACAUGUUUUAUAUCACCAGGUGGAUCAUCGUCGUCGUCAUCCUCUGCUGUACAUGUAGGAUAUAUUGGGCUAGGAAUAAUAUUUGUGACUAUUGCUUCUGUGUUGAUAUACUUUAUUGUUGGCGGUCUGAUUUGCAAAUUCUCUAAAAAGCAAAAAGGGACUGAUGUAAUUCCUAAUAAGAAAUUUUGGCUGAGCUUACCAUACCUUGUAAAGGAUGGAAUAAUGGUCAUUGUGUCACCAAUUGCAAGGAAAAAGUAUCAGUCUAUCUAGGAUGUGGUGUUCAAAAACAUAAACACAAUCCAUUGCUAAUGUUUAGAAACUAAUAAUAAACUUUUAUUGCAUGCAUGGGAAUCUAAUUUAUUAGCUCUA